AUGGAAUCGGGGCAGCAUGAAAUUAACCACUUGUUGAGGAUUCUCAUCGACCUUGUGCUUUGUGAAACCGACAUCCAAACCAACAGGCUUGCUUGGGGAAGGGUUUCUAGUGGGGGUUCUGAUUCUGUGGGCUUUCUAUGUGAAGUUUAUCUCUUACCCCAAAAGUUGUGUGUCCUGCCAUCGUCUUACCAUUGGGCCAUGCCUGGCUCGAGCCCACGGUUACGCGUGGGCCUCCGCGUGGACGUGCUGGGCCUCCAGGUCCAACUGGAGUUCAUUUGGGGCACCCCUGCCUGGCUGUUGAUCUACUUUUCCUCCGGAAUCUAUGCCAACCUGCUGAGCUGCGUGCUGCACCCCGCGGUGUUGGGUGUGGGCUCGUCUGGGUGUUUGUGCGGCUUGAUCGGUGGAUGGCUCAGCUUUUUGCUGAUCACCUGGAACCAAACCAUGCCGAAUGACGUGAAGAUGAGAAAUGCACAGACCACCUCCAUUUUGAUCUCCAUCGUGCUAGUGGUGGUGUUCAGCUUUAUGCCCCUCAUGGACCUGGCCGCCCACAUCGGUGGCCUCAUCAUGGGCGUCGGUGUCACCAUGACGCUCUUCGGCAACAGGCUUCAAGAUCGUCUGUACCGGUGGAUCACCAUUGUCACCGGCAUAUUGGUGACCGCCAGCCUUUGGCUGUCAACAGCCAUUGUUUUUGCGUCGAUCAAAGCGCCAGCGCAGUUGUUGGACUUGUGCCAACGACCUUAUUGUUGA